AUGGUCGACAUCUAUGUCGGUCAAGAGAACACCAAAUGGAUCCUGCACGAGAAGCUUCUGUGCUACCGCAGCAAGUUCUUCCGCAACAUCUUUUACAGCAAGGAAAACAAGAACCGCCAAUUUGGACUUCCGGAUGAGGAAGAUGAGCCUUUCAGAAUCUUUGUCGGAUGGCUCUACAGUGGCCACACACCUACUCCCGAAUCAGAGAAGGACCUAACGCUUCUGCUGGACUUGUACUUGAUGGUAAGUUGCCUUUACUGCUGUUCAAAGACGACAAGAGCUGACGACAACCACAGNGCCGAGAAGUGGGAGAUCCGCGAUCUUACCCUGGAAGUGCUCAAGAGCGUCCGCAACUGGUACAAGCAGUCCGACACAUACCCUGCCCUCCGCCGCGUGCAAUACAUCUACGCCAACACCGACCUCGAAUCCCCCAUGCGCCAGUUGCUCAUCAGCAGUGUUGCAAGAAACCUCGUCACCAGUGACUCGGGCAUGCCACCGCAAUGGGACAAGGCUCUUAGAAAGAAUGGCCAGCUUGCCGUCGACAUCAUCAUCGCUAUGCAGAAGUGGAACCUCGAGAAGGAGAGCAUCCCCGACCCGAGACAGGACUCGGUCAAGCCUAUUCUGGAGGACUCUGAGCAGGCCAGAGCUCAGAAGAAGGAUGGACAGGAUGAAGACCAGAGCAACGAGCAGAACAGCGAAGAGAACAACGACGAGAACAACAAUGAGGAUGAGAACGAGGCUGAAGAGGGCGCCGAAGACGGUGAGCAAGAGGAGGGCGAGGACAACGAGGAUGGUGAGCAAGAGACCGAGGAGCCCCAGGAGUGA